UAUUUUGUCCAAGGAGAAGUGACACACACCAGCGAAUUCUCGACUCCAUUCAAGUACGCGCCGUUUGAAGAUUUGCCAGACACCCUGGACGCACCAAAGCGAUCAACGGAUCUUGGAGCCAACUCGUAUCGAGAUGGCAAUGGGUUGAUGAAGAUCCAAGGCGGCGGGCUGGGAAAGUCGGAUCGUAAGGAGGGCAACGAGAUGGCACUUUUUGAGAGCUUAAUGUCGUCAACAACUACGUCAAAUGUUGAAGACUCCGAGGUAUGGGGAAUGAGCCUGUUCGACAAUGCAGAGGACGAGAAUACCUAUACGAAAGAGGUGGAAGAGAGCAAUCCGGUGACAAGAAUUGAUGCUUCCAAAAAGAAAAAGAGCUUGAAAAAGGCUAUGGAUGAUAUGAAGCUUGACAAACGUCCACCAACGGCGGCGGCGCCUGGCGGGGAGAAAAAGAAGAAGACAAAGGGAGAAAGUGUGCUGAAUAUGUUUGAUGAAGCCGUGGCGAGACCCGCUACUGCCAAGACUAAAGUCAAAAGAAGCGAAUCAGCUGGCUCAAGCACUACAACUACCAAACCCCGCACCAGAAGUGGAUCCCGUCCCGGAACUAGCUCCCGCCCGGGAACAAAUGCCAGUGAACGAGCAACUAGUGCUGCCGGACCGAAAAGAGCCGCUUCUGCAAAGAAAAGGACCACAGAAAAGAAGACGGAAUGAGAAGCCCGAAAUAUUUUUUUAUACUGAAAAAAUUGUAGCUUUUUCCAGAUAUUUUAGAUGAAAAGAUUCAAAAAAUUCCAAAAAUUAAAAAAAAAUUCCAAUUUUUACUCAAAAAUCUCUAAAUAUAACGUAUUUUGCAUAUUUAAAAUAUAAAAUUUUCUAAAAAAUCCAAAAAAAUGUUUUUUUUCCAAACAAUCCUGUUAGUGCUCUCGGUGAUUCGGAUGUACAUAGUUUCCUAAAAAAUCCAUUAUAUGGGCGGAGCCUAUUAUUGAUUUUAUCUGCGUCGGGUGACAUUCAAAAGUCGAUAAUGAGCUCCACACAUAUUUUUUGUAUUUUUUUUUGUUUUUUAACCUUCAAAUCCCAAAACAAUCCCACUACUUCACUUUUGACAUAAUUUUUUUAUACCUACUAAAGUUUGCCUGUAAUUUCUAAUUUUCAUUUAAAAAUAAUUUUUAUGUACUUUCAACUUUCAAAAACCCUCUUUCUUAUUCAACUUUUCAAAACAUUUCCUCAUGUCUCAUUCUCGUUUUGUAUUGAUUUUCUUUUAAAAUAAAUUCUUAUUCUCCCAAAU